UAACAUUGCACAAUAGAGUCACAGGUUGGUCUUGUUUCUUGAGAUUAUCAAGUCCGUCGGACCCGACCCUCGGAUUACCAAUCCGCGUCGCUCUUGGAGGGAGUGGUCCAAUCAGAGAGCACCUUGGAUAAAUAUUCAUGAGUCCCUGAUUCAAACCUUUGAGCGAGUUUGUCUGGAUCCACAGCAUCGUACCUAGACUUUUCACAGAGACAAACUACAUUUUCUUAUGAAUGGAAAGUGAAAAAAUCAGUUGCGCUUAAAUUGGGCUCCAUCCUUCACUCGGAUCAUAGAAGAAAACAAAAAGCAGGGAGGGAGAGAGAGAGAGAGCGAGAGACAUGACCAUGUCUACAAUACCAGAGAGUCUUAACAGCCCAGUCUCAGGAAAGAGCGUGUUCAUGGAAUUUGGGCCACCAAGUCAGCAAAUGUCGCCUUCAUCUAUGAGCCACGGACAUUAUUCAAUGCACUGUUUACACUCGUCCGGACACCCGCAGCACGAGAGCGCGUACAGCCCGGCUCCGUCCUUCCCCAGAUCUCUGCCUUAUCCGUACGUCAACUCGGUCGGUAGCCAUUCCUCCAGUCCGUACCUCAGCACCGUGCAGACUUACCCAAACAACUCGGCUCUGGCGCAGACGAGGCUGGAGGACCCAGCGCCGGAGUCAGAGAAAAACACCGUGGUGGAGGGAGGAGAGGUGCGUUUCAACGGGAAAGGCAAAAAGAUCCGCAAACCCCGGACCAUCUACUCCAGCCUCCAGCUGCAGGCUCUGAACAGGAGGUUCCAGCAGACUCAGUAUCUGGCUCUGCCGGAGAGAGCCGAGCUCGCCGCGUCCCUGGGGCUCACGCAGACACAGGUGAAGAUCUGGUUUCAGAAUAAACGCUCCAAGUUUAAGAAACUGAUGAAGCAAGGCGGAGGAACAAUAGAUCCGAACGCUUUGGCAAACGGGCGCGGACUGUCCACCGGAUCUCCAUCCCUUGCGCCCGUCUGGAACUCAACAGCCAGCGUCAAAACAUCCACACCGACCUCGUAUAUUCCCAGUUACACCUCGUGGUAUCCCACAGCACACCAGGACACUAUGCAGCAGCCGCAGCUCAUGUGAACCAGCACUGCUGACACAACCCCGCCCCUCUCUCCACCGAUGGCCCAGUUCAGGGUAGCCGACACAAGGCCGGUCUCUCUGCGGCCGGAGAUCCGGAGACACUCUCUAAAGACACCUGCUGACACACCGGCCGGCGUGGACUGAACGAGGGUCGUCUGCUCCGGAGAGGAAGCAAGUCUCUUUUUGAAUCGAAGGGAAUGCCGGGAAAAUGGGUCAAAUCAAAGCUGCUACUCUCCCCCUUACCGUGACUUUUUUGUUCUGUAAAAAAAAAAAAAAAAAAAAAAAAAUUAUUCCAGUUUCUUCAAAUUUGUAAUUUCCCGUGAUGAAACUGGAAUUACCGGUUGGUCCAUCCACAACACAGUGCUGGUUAAAACGGGCUGUGAGAGCGACAUGACAUGAGCUCCGCUUCGAGCUCAUACAACUGGGAUAAAUCACACCGUGAGCAAGUGUGAACGUCUCAAGAUUUUCCCCAUUUCAAAGGGAACACAGAAAUUUUAAACAAAGUUAUUUUGUACGUAUGGCGUUUUGUGUUUAUUUAAAUAUAACUUAUUUAUAUUUGUUUUUUUUUUAAAUCUGUUUGUUUGUUUUAUUUAAAAUAAAUGUUCUUUAAAUUAUGAUGUGAGGCUGCACUAUAAAACAGAUUUGAGCCAAGUUUGUGAAGCCGAGAU